AUGCUUCUCGUUUACCAAGUCGGUAGCGUUAGGAUCGGAGAGGUCGUCCGCUACACCGUGACCUACACGCCCUCGCAGGACCGUAUCCUACCAUCACCUGAACGUCUCUACCUACGCGUCCGUAACACGUCGGCAAUCGCCCUUCGUGCCGCCUUCGUCCACGGUCCAUACACACUCUCCGCGGCCGCUUAUCCAUCCAACUUCAACCCCAAUGUCAAGUUCGCGAACCCUCGCCGCUAUGGCGUUCCCGAAUUUGAGCCCAUGCUCAAGGCAGGUGGCUCCUGGGAAUGCGAGCUAGUCGUCCCCGAGCAUAUAAGGCAAAGCGCAGGAACUGGGGGAGGCAGUCACUUUGGUGGAUCACCAGAGCAGCAAAACGAGAGCGCCUCUUGGGUCGUUGAAGUGUCGUCACAGGUCAUUUUCUCAACCUCUGCCACUGUGGGAUAUGAAGUGACUGUGGCAAGAGACGCCAAAUCAUUAAAUCUUAGCUACUCGCUACCUGUCAUUGGUGGCCAGGCGCAAGUUCCACAACCCGGCAAAAUCGCCGAUCACCAGCAGAGCAUCGGAGCCAAAGACGGCCACCAUCCUGCACAGCCAAAGGGCGUUUUCUCCAAGGCGGUACAUCUCAAGGUGGAAGACACAGCCGCGCUGUGGAAUACUCCGAGGCUUCCGGGCUGGGAUGACCUCAACAUGGACCGACUUAAGAGUCGGCCUCGCAAGGAUCAACCCGUCGAGAGUGUCGCCCAAAACAAAGAAAGUGAAGAGAAGAAACCAGAGGAAAAGCCGAAGAAAGUGCAUUUAGUCGUCCUCACCCAUGGGCUUCACAGUAACCUUGGGGCGGACAUGUUGUACCUGAAAGAGAGCAUUGAUGCAACCGUUGCCCAGGCCAAGAUCGAUGCCAAGGCAAGACGUGCCAAGGAACGCGCAGAAAAGAAAAGCAAAGAACAAACUGAGACCGACAGCGGCAAUCCUUCAUCAGAACAUAAUGCUGCUCAAGAAGACUCCCCUGCCGAGGACGAUGGUGACGAUGAAGAGGUUAUCGUCAGGGGCUUCUCGGGCAAUGCGACGAGGACAGAGAGGGGUAUCAAAUACCUGGGUAAGAGACUAGCCAGAUAUGUCCUCUACAUGUCCUACCCCGACCAACCUUACCUGCCGUCUAGACGAAGGCCUGCAGAAUCAGCAGUUGCUGCCGUUUUCAACAAAUCUGAUCCAGACAGCUCUAAAGCAGUUCACAGACACAGCACAAUACACAAAGAGGAGAUUGAAGAGAAGCGUCCAUUUACUAUCACGAGCAUCAGUUUUAUCGGGCAUUCACUGGGUGGUUUAAUACAAACAUACGCCGUGGCGUACAUCCAAAAACAUUCACCGGAAUUUUUCAACUUAAUCAAACCCAUCAACUUCGUCGCCCUGGCUACACCUUUUCUUGGCCUCAGCAACGAAAACCCAUUAUACUUAAAGUUUGCAUUGGACUUCGGUCUUGUUGGCCGAACAGGCCAAGAUCUCGGCCUCACGUGGCGGGCACCAACCAUUGCGAGGAGUGGAUGGGGGGCCAUUGUCAGCAACCUGGGCGAGAGUGCGCAUAAGAGAGUCAUGGGCGAGGUUCAGCCUGAGUCGAAACCUUUGCUGAGGAUCCUACCAACAGGACCGGCCCACACGGCUCUCAAAAAAUUCCGUAACCGGACGGUAUAUUCUAAUGUUGUCAAUGACGGCAUUGUGCCUCUAAGAACCAGUUGCCUUCUGUUCCUGGAUUGGCAGGGUCUGGGACGUGUAGAAAAGGCAAGACGAGACGCCGGUUUAGUUGAGACUCUGGUCGGCGCUGGUUGGGCCGAGUUGACUGGUGGCAGCUUGGCACCCACCCCACGGAGAACAAGCGCACUUCCGCCGGAACAAGAAGAGACCCCAGACGACCAUUCUGGCAACAUUACGCCAACAGCCCCGUCCAACGCUGUUGAGGUUCCGCAACCGCCUCGGAAUGCGAUGAUGGAGGAUGACAGGGCGAGUUUGCGAUCGGUACCUACGCCAUAUAAUGAGGAUGGACCUGCUGGGACCAAAGACCCGACACACACCGGCCCACUCGCCGGCCUGUUCUCGAUGUUCAAGAGCAAUGAGACCACGCAGCCAAAAGCCCCUGGCAUGUCUAACAAACAACAUAAGAUUUACCGGAGAAGUCAGACUAUCAACUUUGACGAAAUUUCUCAGUCAUCGGGUCAGUCCAAAGUUACUGCCGGCCACGAGCUUGAACGAGACGAGAACCAGCACAUCGCCCCGCCGAGAACAAGUUUCUUCGAAUCAGCCCACGACCUCAUCAAUCCUAAGAUCCCUACCACCGAGUACCUAAUUGACCCUUCCAAGCGACCUCGAGCAAUCUUCCACGAUCGUGUGUACCAACCGGCCGAUAUCCCGCCCCCACCGCUGAAGAAAAAGCCUACUGGCUCGUUGGCGUCUCGCAGGAGUACUUUCCGACGCGCCGCUUCCACUGGGUCUGGAGGCUCAAGGACGAGCACGGACUCGUCUCCUCAGCCAUCACAGCGCUUCUCACACGAAGGCACAAUGGACUCAUCCAGAGAUUACGAUGAUACAGCCAAUACAAACCCAGACAAGGAUCCGGACGAGGAGAUCGACGGGUCGCAGAUGCGGGUUGAGGAAAAGAUUGCCCGUGCCUAUCACCGUGGGUUGGCGUGGAGGAAAGUUCUUGUUAAGCUUGAGCCAGACGCCCACAACAACAUCAUUGUCCGCCGUAUGUUCGCCAAUGCCUAUGGCUGGCCAGUUGUCAAGCACCUAGUCGAUGCCCACUUCAGCGAUUCUGCUACGGCCAGAACGCGGGAUGCCGAUGAGCCGACUGGUGAAAGGGCCUACGACAUAAGUCAACCACCGACUAAGUUUGGCGACGAGGUUAAAGACAGUACCGCAGACCCCACCAAGGAUGGCUCAAACAAAGUAUCGGGAACGGCUUUGUUGUCUCCAAACUCUGAAAGAGAAGCAGAAGAUAUGGUCCCGGAUAUGCAGCCACCGCCUAAGCGCCGUUCGUCAUCACGAAGCUCCUCGGCAAGCCCACCGAGGAUCACUAGAUCACCUCGCCCACGUCCUGAGAGGGUGGAUUCAGUGACCUGGAGCGACCGCGACUGGGCAGAUAGUGAUGAUAGCGAAACGACGGCGACGACAGCUAGCGCCAGGAGUCCCACGGCAACAGAAGCGGAGUUCAAGAAUAAGGACAAGGACGGGCUACGCGCGCCAACACCACUUGUGAAUUGGAACUGGACAGAAAAGAUUGUGGGCAGAAGGGCAUCGAGUCGUAAGACAUCGCCUAAGCCGGACACAAAGGCUGACAUCAACGGUGUGGACUGA